AUGCCCUCUAUAUCCAUACACAUCCUCUCGAUAGCUCUCUGCAUAUCGGCGGGAUUCCAACAAGGCUACAUCGCUUCCGUCCUCAAUCAGCCCUACAAACAGAUCCAGCAGUACAUAAAUGAGUCUUGGGUCGAGAGAACCGGCGAGAACAUUCCCGAACACACUUUGGUCAGUUUCCGAAAGGACUGAAAAUACGAGGGUCAAGAAAAUCGCUUGAAAUUGAAUCUAUUUUGCUUGUGUUUUGCUCUCCUUUCUGAGAAUUUCCGUCACGCUUUUAGAAUUGACUAGACAGAAAUGAAAAAUUUGAAAAGGCCAAAAAUGGCUGUCAGAAAUUUCUUUCUUUGAAAUAUACAUCUAAAAAGGAUCGUUAAGAUGCACUUUUCCGUUUCUUCUGAGCCAUUUUUGUGGCUUUUCGAAUAAGAAUAAUUAUAUCAAAGGUUACAAAGUGGCUCUAUAACAAAAUAGCUUCAGAAAAAAAACGUGACCCAAUUUUAUGUGCGCUCCAUGGAUAAAUCGACAAUUUCUCAGAUUUUCACUUUUUUUAAGUAAUCACACCCGAAUUCUUGCAGACAUGAAUAAUAUAUCUAGUUUUUUUUUCAAGUCUUCGAACAUUUUUUUAAAGUUUUUUUUCUCGUUUGUGAGUCUUAAUUUCUGAUAUCUUUGUUCGGAGUUGACCUGAGUCUAUUUUCUAUUUUUUCCAACGAAUUCAGAUGUUAAUUUUGAAAAAUUAAUAGUCAAAAAGAAGUAGUUGAGAUGCUCAGGAUUUCCUAUUAAAAAAAAACCCACAGCAUUUUUCUCGAACUAUCGAAAAAAUCUUAAGUUUUUAGCUGAAAGAAAUCCUUUCUGUCUUUCUUUUCGAAAAUGGUAUUUUAGUAUCUGCUAUGGUCGCUUCUGAACGUCUGCUUCCCGAUCGCCACGAUUUUCGGCCAAUUUCUAGCCGCCGUCAUGUGCAAAAGAUUGGGCCGGAAAAAGACGGCUCUCCUCGCCUCAGCUGCAUAUGUAAGCAAUGGCUUAUCCAUUUUGAGUAUUUCAGAUUUUUUUCAGAUCCCUGGUGUUUUAAUAACCGCCGCCGCCAAAUGGCUCAGUCCCGCCUUUGAGCUUUUAUUCAUCGGUAGAAUUAUUUGGUAAGGGAAUUAUAUGGUGAUUUCUAUUAUUCCAAAAAAAACAAAAGAAUUUGUCAAAAUUUUCAAGUAUUCAAAUUGACUCAACAACAAACUUUUUCUAAAAAUGAUCUGCCUUGGGGCAAUACCAUUUUUUAAUGUAUCUUUGAAGCAGAAAAGUGAUAUAGCUGAUUCACGACUGGCUUGAGCCAUCGAGAAAAGGGUCCUGCCACGAAAAGAGACGAGACAGUGCCCUGGUUGGUGAAGAGUGCAGACAGACCACGCCUUUUUGCGUCCCAAGCUAGCCGUGAAUCGUCUAUACUUGAAUAUUUCACGAUUUCUGUGCUUUCUGUCUAUUGAGUUUGUGUUGAUACUUGAAAAUCUCAGUUUGAAAGUUUGAAAGUUUUAUUCAGUCUUCAGAGUAGGUUCUCUGCUGAAUCAUGGAAUAAUUGAAGAGUUGUUUGUCGGUUCGCGAUAAUGUCGUUGAUCAAGCGUAGACGGCGCGUAGAGCAUCUCGCCUCUCUUGUGCUAGUAGUAGACGUUUUUCGAGCGUUUCCGACGAUUACUGCUUCUCCAUGUAGGAACAGUACGGCGCCCAGCUUGUCCAGGGCUGAGGGGCGUCGGAUUGAAUCUAGGACGAGAGCGGAAAUGAAGACCGACCACUCGGGUGGUAGAAAUGAGAAAAUCUCAGUGCUACAAAAUUAUAUAUUUAUUUUAAAAUUGCAGAAAAUAUGUUCCAAAAUACUUCCCACCGGCCGUGUUCUUUGUAACAAGCGAACUUCAAAAAUUCUUAGAUCUGUUCAAUGAUCUUUUAUGACCUCGAACAACACAGAGAGAUCACUAGUCGCCACGAAAUUUUUCUUUCUAACCUUGGUCUAUGCUCCUUUAAACGUUUUAACGAUAACAUACUGUAGUUACUGUUCAAGAAGAAAAUAAUAAAGUUGAACUUCAGGGCGACUGCGAAUGGAAUCAAUUCAGUGAACGCCACGGUUUGGAUCGUCGAAUGCGCUCCACCGCAAAUCCGAGGAAGAAUGGCCGCCAUGCAGGAGUUUUUCAUGGCUAUAGGCGAGUUUGAAGCAGCCGGAAUCUGAAAACAUCUACAAAAAGAUAAAAUCAAUCUAAUAAGGAUUUUUUUGAACUUUUAAGGAAACUUGGCUGCAUAUUUUAGGGCUUCCUAUUCUAGAACAACAAAAAAUGUAUCGCAUUAUAUUUAUUUUCUAGAGUUUUUCAGAGUUAGCUCUAACGUACACUUCAGCCAAUUUUCUAUAAAAGUUCACCUGGGAGCUAGAAAAUUUCUCUUGUAAGCUUUUGCUUGUUAGAUAGGGUUCUUAAAAAUCACAAAGUACCUUAAUCCAAUGGAAACAGCUCUUAAAAAGACUUUUCGUUCAGCUCCUCAGAGAAAGCUUCCAUUUUCAAACGACGAAAAGAAGAAAAUAGAGACGUUUUCAGGCUCCCUGAUGACCCAGGCGAUCGGUGUGCCGUUCGCCUCGGACGAACUGUGGCCGAUGAUGUUCCUGCCGAACAUUCCGGUGGUCGUCGCCUCCCUGGUGCUCUUCUCGUUCGUCUACGAGUCGCCGCAGUACAUCAUGGAGGUGGAGAACAACCCGGAGAAGGCCCGACUCGCCCUGGCCGCCUACCACGGCGUCGCCGUGGACGACGCCUCCGUCGACGCCGAGAUGCGCAUCUGCGAAGAGUCCGUCUGCAAGGAGACCAGCAAAUCCAAGGUUCGCGGCGUUUCAGUGACUUUUGGAGCUGAAAAAAAGGGAAUUUUUUAGUUAGGUCUUUUUUUGACAAGAGUCUAAACGUUAAAAUUUGAUCAAUAAGCCUCUUGCCUAUUUAAUGAAUACAGUGCGAGGUUCAAGGCUAUAGAAAUUCGGAUUUAGAACAGGUUUGAAAAAUUGAAGUUUUUUUCGUUUCUUCGAUAAAAAAAGGGAAACGAUUUAAAAAAAUUUUUGAACACAGCUUUGAUGAAAUUUUUUUAUCAGAAAAAAAAAAAAAAUGAAACGCAAAGUUUUUUUAGAAAAAAAUGAAAAAUCUCUCUUUCUUUGUAGGUAGAACUUGGCGAAAUUUCCGAUUUUUUUGGUCCUUCCUAAUGUAUUUUUUUAUCAUUAUCCCACGUUUCAUACUGCUUAUCUAACAAAAAAAUAUUUGAGAAUUCCUCCUGAGGAUCAUCAAAAAGUUAUUUUCAAUCGUUUUGGUAUUACAAAGAAGUUCUGAUUUCCUCUUUUAUUCUACAAAUUUUUUUUUUUGUAAAAUUUGUUUCUAUCCUCCAUUGAAGUUUUGCGUACGUGCUGCUAAAAAUCAAAAAGACCGAAAAUUGAUCUUUUUUUUAACCCAGACCUCUUUUCAGGCCGCCAAAAGCGGAUUCCAAAGCGAGUACAGCGGCGUCGACAUCAUUUUCAAGCCCUGGAAAGCGACCGACGAGAUUUCGAAGGUCGUCAGGGAGGCCGCCUGGCUGGGAGUCAUGGUCAAGGUGAUCAUAACCACUUUGGGAAUUCUUCUGAUGAGGAAAAUCUUAGAUCGCCUACGUUUUCACCGGCGCCCGGGCUCUUCGGACUUUCAGCACCUUUAUUCUUCACGACAUGUCCCACUACAGCUUGGAAAAGGCCACCUGGCUCUCUUUUAUUACAGGUAUAGGAUUGAAAUCACGAAAAAAGUCAUGGGAAUCCAGUUUCGUUUCACGGUUUAUUAUAAGGUUUCCAUACAGUUAUUACAGUAAUUUACGGAAUGAAAAAGACCCAGACUACAGUAGUUUUUCCUUAUUUUAUCCACUUCCUCCCUUUUUAGGGCCCUUUUUUGAUUCUUAGCUUACUUUUCAAACUUCUUGAAAAGUCGGACAUGUUAGUUAGAGUGUAGUAAACUCAAUUUUGAGCUCAUCCAUCUCGUUUCAAAAUACGGAAAUUUUUUCUCACCUUCAUCCACUUUUUUCUUUUUUUCGUUAUGACCCUUUUCUGAAAUAAUUUCUAAUUUAACAAUUCUUUCGAAGCUUGACGUUGACUUGAGUAUUUUUAAUCUGUUCAGAAUUCAAAUUUCAAGUUUUCGCUCAAGAGAGCAAACCAUCCACGGAGCGUUUUAAAAUGACGUCAUUUUUCUUGACAUCAGAACCCUAAACAGACUAUAUAUAGUCAACUCAGUUUUGCCGUUUUAUAUCACCAUUUGUUGAAUCAGUUAGAGAUUUUAUCGCCGUUAUCCCCUAUUCUUGUACAACUUUCCUAUUCUGGAUCCCGUUCAGGACUUCUCCGUGUACCUGUGACCUUGGUGCCGGUAUUCCUGGUCGAUCGUCUAGGACGUCGUCCCUUGAUGAUCUCCUCGACUGUCAUCUCGCUUAUUUCCCUCGUCGCCAUGCUCGUUUGCGUUGAUUUGGGAGAGAAUUAUAAGGUUUGUGUGAUUUGGAUGUUAUUUUUCCUGGAAAAAAGUUAGCUUAUAAGUAGAAGCUUUUGGCAUCUAAAAUAGAGGAACAACUAAUCAAAGCAAAAAGAAAAUCAUAUUGGAAAGAUCAUCCAAAACCCUUUUUUUUUUUUAAAUUCAUUAAUCUGAGCAGGUUUUAUUUAUCAAUAGAGAGCUUUCUAUUGUUUUUUUUUUAAUGGAUUCCUAAGAAUGUGCCGAAAUUUAAAGUUGAAAUCCAUUUUCUGACCGAAACUUUCUGAAAUAUUUAAAGUUUCAAUAAGAAAAUGUUAUCAACACCUACUAAUCGCCAGAACUUCUCCAGUUCUCGAAAAAUAUGAGUCUGGAAACUGUAAAGGAAUGCAAAGACUCCUUCAGGUCGGCACUUUCGCCGGUCUAACGACGUUGCUUCUGAUCAACGCCUGCGGCAUCGGCUCCGUGUCGCGGUUCUACGCGGCGGAACUCGUCCCACGUCAUCUGCUGCUGUCCUCCGUGUCGGUCCUCACCAUGGUCGAGGCCGUCACGAAGAUUCUCGUCGAGUUCUUCUUCUACCCCCUUGCCAAUUUGGUUUAUCCGCAUCCCUUCGAAACUCUCAUCAAUGACUUUUUCUUCAGAUUGGCGGGCAAUCCUUCUUGAUUUUCAUCGUUCCCACGGCCAUUUUCAUGGUCAUCAUGUACGCUCUUUGUCCUGAAACGAGUAGGAGAACCGUCAACGAGGUAACUAUUCUUGAGGAGAAAAAUCUAACCAUUGAAACUUAGGUUCUUAACGAAAUCGCCCAGCGAAAGAAGCUCAAAGUUUCCCUCCCGAUGUAA